AUGGAUUAUUCUACUAAUUUUACCAAUAUAUAUUUAACACUGGAAGGGCAUGUGGAUUUAGAGCAUUACAGAUAUGUUUAUUUUAUGUUUACUCUUAUUGCCUAUAUAAUGAUUGUCUGCUUUAACUCUGUUAUCAUUUCUGUCAUAUUCAGAAACAAACACCUCCAUGAGCCUAUGUACAUUUUUAUUGCUGCUUUGCUUUGUAAUGCUCUCUUUGGUGCGACGGCUCUUUAUCCUAAACUGCUCACUGAUUUACUAUCUGAAAAUCAAACUGUGUAUUAUAAAGAAUGUUUACUUCAGGCAUUUUGUCUGUACACAUAUGGUGCAUCAGAGUUCACACUGUUAUCAGCUAUGGCCUAUGACAGAUAUGUGUCCAUCUGUAAGCCAUUACAAUAUGCAACUCUUGUGAAAAUGUCCACUGUCAGAAAACUAAUAUUUUUAUCAUGGUUUUUGCCUUCUUGUGAAAAUAGUGUUGGUAUUAUUCUAGCAUCCCAACUUCAAUUGUGUAAAUUUAAAUUGAACAGAAUAUACUGUGAUAAUUAUUCAGUUGUGAAAUUAAGCUGUAAAGAAACAUUUAUUAAUAAUAUAUAUGGACUUUUUAUUUUUAUCAUUGCUGUGUUUCCUCCAGUGAUCUUUAUCAUUUAUUCGUAUGUCUGUAUACUCACUGUGUGCUUAAAAAAUUCUAAAGAUUUUAGAAGAAAAGCCUUACAGACCUGUUUACCACAUCUGCUCAUUUUCAUCAAUUUUUCGGUCAACACAAGUUUUGAAAUUAUAAAUAACAGACUUGAAUCAAAACAAAUUCCUCACAUUAUUACCAUGAUCCUGUCAGUUGAAUGUAUACUUAUCCCUCCUUUGUUUAACCCUAUAAUAUAUGGAUUAAAACUACAGGAAAUUAAAAAUAAUAUUAAGAAAAUAUUCAAAUGACAAACAAGAGCACAAGCUUAUUUUAAGCCAUUCCUUUCCUUUUAUUUUACAUUUACAAACAGGAACAUAAUGAUUGUUAACUGUAUGUGAUUGUGUUGACAACUAUGAUAAACAACUUAAAUCGAAGCACUAGAAUUCCAUUGUGCUGUAAUGUGUAAACACUUCAUGUUAAAACUAUAAUGAAAUACUGAUUAAAAGCUGAGGCUCCUAUUUACUAAGUUGCUGAAAAGCUCAUUACACAAUUUCACUUAACAAUACAGUGUUCAGUUAUAGAAAGGAGAUUAUUUAUAAUCAUUGUCCAUUGCCAUUGUUGCCUCUGACUUGCUGAUUAGGGAAACUUAAUGAAUAAUUUAUAUCCUGAAGUUUUGUGUUCCUGUAAAGCUGCUUUUUGUCACUGUCCAUUGUUAAAAGCACUAUACAAAAUAAAUUGAAUUGACUGUAUAGUUUAAAACUUUUCUUUAAUAGUAUCAGAGGAUUGAUUUCAAGAAAAAUAAAAAAAUAAAAACUUA